CGAGGCGACCAGUCGCCAGCGCGAGUUCGUACCGUAAAGACGUGUUGGUAGUCGUGUUCGCGAGUUGGAAACUAUAUUCCAUUUUCCAGUUACAGAUUAGCUUAAAUAAAAAGAGUUUCUCGUGCACAAUCGUAUCUUAUCGUGCGUUUACGCGUGUCGCUAUUCAGUGCCGUGUGUAGUGUACCGCCAGUGUUCGGUUAUUUUGAAAUAUUAUAUUUCGUUUUACAUUGCUCCCUGUACGAAAAUCGAGUGUCGUAGCGAACAGCCAGGAACUUAAGACGCCAGGAUCGAUCGUCCUUUAAGCUCGUGACAUCAGUACGAAACAAGUGAUGGUGCGGCCGACUAUGCACUUCCCUCUACUCCUGGGCGGUGAGACUUCACUGCAAUUAUGAUGUAAUCCCGUGACAGAGGAUUCGUUAAAAAGUGCGAGGAGGCCCUCGCGAUGGAUACGGGACCAAAGCAGGGCGCGGCCCCGGUCGCGGGUCAGAUUGGGACCCCGGUUCAAGGUCCGGCCCAGACCCACGGACAAGGUCAGACCCAAGAAUCCUCCUCCGAGGCUGGACCUGUCGAGGAGGGCGUCCUGCUUGCCAGGGUCCAUGUUCCUGAGCUUUACGUCAGCAAGUGUCUACAGUUCCCUAAAGAUCAGCUCGUUUGGGACGUAAAGCAGCAAUGUCUUGCGUCAUUGCCAAAGGAGGUGGCCACUUGGUACAGGGAGCUGAAGGAGAGCUUCAACUACGGACUGUUUUGCCCGCCGGUGAACGGGAAGGCUGGAAAAUUCCUGGACGAGGAACGUCGUCUGGGAGAUUAUCCCUUCAACGGCCCCGUCGGCUACCUGGAGCUAAAGUACAAAAGGCGAGUUUACAAGAUGCUACACCUAGACGAGAAGCAGCUAAAGGCGAUGCACACGCGCACGAAUCUGCGAAGACUCCUGGAUUACGUGGCGAACAGUCAAGUCGAGAAGAUUGCAAAGAUGUGCAGCAAGGGAUUGGAUCCGAACUUUCAUUGCCAGGAAACGGGCGAAACUCCCCUGACCCUUGCUACCAGUCUGAAGAAACCUUCAAAGGUAAUCAUCGCCCUGGUGAACGGCGGGGCGCUUCUUGAUUAUCGAACAAAGGAAGGACUGACUGCAAUGCAUCGGGCUGUCGAGAGGAACAGUCUAGAGGCUGUGAAAACGCUCCUUGAACUUGGUGCUAGUCCCAAUUACAAGGACACAAAGGGACUGACUCCUUUGUACUACAGUGUCACAUACAAGACGGAUCCGAUGCUCUGCGAGACGCUUUUGCAUGAUCAUGCUACCAUCGGUGCUCAGGACCUUCAAGGAUGGCAGGAAGUUCAUCAGGCCUGUCGAAACAACCUGGUCCAGCACCUUGAUCAUCUUCUCUUCUACGGUGCCGACAUGAACGCUCGCAACGCUUCCGGAAACACGCCUCUCCACGUAUGCGCAGUGAACAACAUAGACUCUUCGUGCAUUCGUCAGCUACUCUUCAGGGGAGCUCAGAAGGACAGUCUCAAUUAUGCGAAUCAGACUCCGUACCAGGUCGCAGUGAUCGCUGGUAACAUGGACCUCGCUGAGGUCAUCAAGAACUACCAGCCCGAGGAAGUCGUACCUUUUAAAGGCCCGCCACGCUACAACCCGAAACGACGUUCAAUGGCGUUUGGUGGUAUGACCACAAGCUGUUCAGCCAACAAUCUGGGAACCCUCACCAGAAUACCGUCCACAGAACAGCACGUCGCCACGGGAACAACGGGUACACUGACGAGAACCGUAUCUGCAGAACAAUACGGCACAGCAACACUGACCAGGAUCCCGUCGACGGAACAGUAUCCAACGCUCACCAGAGUUCCAUCCGCAGAGCAAUAUCCAAUGACGGGUACUCUGAGCAGAGUACCAUCAUCUGAACAAUAUACAAACUCUGGCGGUACCUUGACUAGAGUUACCACCACGACGGAACAAUACACAACUGGUACCCUAAGUAGAGUUAGCUCUGCCGAACAACAGUAUCAUCCUACGGGAACCCUGAGCAGGAUGCCGAGUACCGAGCAGUAUGCUAACAUAAUGCGGACCGAGUCUCAUCACAGUAGUCUGAACAGAGUGCCGUCCAUGGAACAGAGCAGGAACGACUGCGGAACGCUCCAGCGAAUACCGUCCCAGCAGCACAUAGGAACCCUCACGAGAAUACAUCAGGAUCAGCCGAAUCUAGGAACCCUUACCAGAACAGAACAGCUUAACACACUGAAUCGGCUACCGUCCGAUUAUCAGAAUCCAAAUGCGCUUCGCGAUUCCAAUGCUAGAUUCCCUACCUCGGACCACUAUCAGAACCUAAGAAUAGAGGGUCUCACGAGGUUGCAAGAGCAUCGGAUCGAGCUUCAGCAUCGACUGGACAUACACAGGACGAUGGACAUGCCGCCGUCGCCGUCGCCGAGCAGCAGGAGUCUUGCACCCUUCAGCUCAGCUAGUUCCAGCCUGUCCGAGGGUAGCAACCAGCCCUCGGGGGAGGAUUCGGCGAGCAUCGUCACAGACAAAAGUCUUGGCGACACGGCUUCCGACGUGAUCAGCGACAGUUCCGGCGUGGGAACUUCACAGUCAGAUACAACAAAUUCUCUAUGUAUUCCUGGGACGACAGUAGUCUGCGUCGAAGGAUACAAUAGCGGUAUACCUGGCCACCUGACCAUUAACCAAGGCGACAUUUUGGAAGUAACUGGCGCUACGGACUGCGGACUCCUGGAAGGCGUUUUGCGAGGUCAGGGUACUGGUCUCUUUCCAGCUCACUGCGUCCAGGAGGUCAGACUUCGACAUACAAAUAUACCACUCGGGUCACAGACGUCCAGGGAAGGGCGAAAUCGUGUACUGGGACGCAGAGAAUCACAGCACAAGUAUUUUGCCACUGCGCCACGAUUAAAGAAACCGGUCACUUCAGAACCACGCACUGUUGUGUUACAUAGAUCAAGAAAGGGUUUUGGCUUCGUGCUAAGAGGUGCCAAGGCGACGUCGCCAUUGAUGGAGUUAACACCUUCCGCCAGAUAUCCUGCUUUGCAGUACCUGGAUGAUGUCGAUCAGGGUGGUGUUGCUGACCUGGCGGGUCUUAGAAAAGGAGACUUCUUGAUACAGAUCAACGGAGAAGAUGUCACUACAGCGUCUCACGAGCACGUGGUGGACCUGAUUAGAAAGUCAGGCGAGCUCGUAAGGAUGACCGUGGUAUCACCUGUUAUCAGUCUACCCAGUUCGCAAUCGGCAGCAGCUUUGCCGACUAGUCAGCCGAUUCAGAGGCAGUAUGCGACGCUACCACGCAAGGGUAACAAUAACGUAACUAUUGGUGGUACCCUUGGUAGAUCACCAGCUCCGAUGCCACCCCGAAGGGAUCCUAAAACAACCUUGAGUGUUGGAAGAGCCAGAGCAAGAUCUAUGGUGGCUGGAUUAGAAGGAGGUGGCGAAAAAGAUGAUGGGGACGAAAUAACGUCGACCGGAGCGAAAUCUAGCAGUGCGGAGUCGAUUCAUCUUCCUCAGCAACCAUCUACCUUACCCAAUACCGGACAGAACACACCCGUUCAACCGAGAACAGCAAGUAUCAGGUCAAGACCAACCUCGAGCAGAAUAACAGCAGCAGAACUAGAGGCACGUCCCUCCUUUCAGGAACUAUUUCAGAGGCAACAAGGCAGUGCUAGUGGACAGUACGGCUCCUCGAUGAUGAGCUCUCACUUUCAAACUGGUCAGGCCACGAAAUCGCAUCCAUCAUCACCUGCGAAAACCGGCCGAGUGUACGCAAGUGUUGCUGAGAUGAAACGAAAGGGCAAAUCGAAUUCACGAGUCCGCUUCUUUGGUGGCCUUGGCGGCGGUUCGGAUCUUCAUCGCGACUUCCACAGCACCCCGGAUCUUAAUAUUCAAGUACAAUCUUCAGUUCUGGUACCAAAGGGUCACAGGAGUCAGGAAGAUGUAAAUGCCUUGACCAACAGGAACGCUUUACCGCCUCCUAACCAUCCUCCACCACCUCCACCAGUAGGUCAAGUCAUCAAAGUCAACGUAGGUGCCAACGUACCGGAUGUAGUUACACCUGCCUCUGUCUACGACAAUAUGGCUCAUAUACAACAAGUCAAAGAACUCGCUGCUGCAUCCUCAGCGGAAUCCGGAUAUGGAGUCAUGUCCAGUUUCCGACCUUCGAACAGCGCAAAGUUGUACGCUUCGCCAGAGGAUAUGAAGACCGUUGGCUACAGGUCACGAAGUCUACCAGCUCAUUCGAAUCGCUCACAUGUGCGCAAGUCGCAUAGUCUUCGCGCGCCAAAUAGUACCACGUUCAAGUCGACUGGUCAACAGUCGGGCAAUAAUAACAACAAUAACAACAACAAUAACCAAUUGACCAACAAUCAGUACGCUCAACCGCUCAAGACGAACAGAAGUCACAGUACCGCCGGUAUGAGGGAACGCAAGAAGAAAGGGAUGACCUCGAGUUCCUCUGCGACGAAUCUAUCAGCACCGCCGAUACCGGAACCUGAUUACAGCCUUUCGGAAUCAGAGAACGAUGAGACGGAUGGCGAGUCCGAGAUAGCCAAGGAACUGGAGAAGGCUGCAGCGCGGGAGAAGCUCGAAUCUGCCAAGGAAACAUCAGGGAACUCGAACACCUCGGGUAGUUCGUCAGGAAGCAGCUCGUUGCCGCACUCCUUCAGCGUAGAGGAAAUCCAAAAGGUCAGGACACAACUUAAGUCCUCUAAGAGCCAUCCUAAUGACUUUCUGUUGAAACAGACCCAGCAACUCGUGGAAGAUGGCGACAACAGCUCGAGCGGCGUCAGCUCCGAUCAGGACGUACCUGUUGGCCCGCCAACGGGCUUUGACGACACCCGCAACGAGAAUAAUCCUCAUCAGCCGGUGGUAGCCACUCCUACCGACAAGGAGAAUAAUCCUAAGAGAAUGAAUUAUAGCAGCGGGAUGUUGACGAGACACGCUGUCAGUCUGGCUCAGCUGCCACCACCUAUAGAAGCAGACGCUGAGGAACAGAACAACGAUCUCUUCGUGCCGCCGCCACCCGAAUUCAAUGCUGGUCCAUCUUCCGGGGGCAAUAAUGCAGAUGAGCUUGUGUUCGCUCCGCCGCCUCAAUUCUGUGACAAUCGGCAGCAGAAUCGUGUCAAGAUUAUCGGCGCUAUUCCAAAGGUUGGAAAUAGUCAGGUGAAGCCACCCAGUGGACGGCUCCAUAGCCAGUGAGGAAUCGUACGAAAUGAGAUCGACUGUUAAGUAACUAGACAAGUGGACUGAUUGUAACAAAGAUUCUAAUGAGUAUUUACUAUAGAUGGCGAUGUUGAUGAUAAAACUUAGGAUCCGUUAAGUAUCUCACAAUUUUAAAGUCAAUAUUUAUUGAUUGUCAACCUUUAGCCCCGAUGAUGUAACCUAUAAAUGGUCAAUAUUCUAAAACGAGAUAUUCUUAUUGCUCGUUAUUAACAAUAGGACAAAAACAGUGCACUAAUUACAGAACAUGAGCAAUUUUCAUGUUUUUCAUUUUAUUAUUGAUCAGGUAGCUACGGGGUUCAAGGUUCGUGAUGACCACUCGGUCCCAUCACGUGGAACGUGUUAACAUUAAUGAUGACUAUCUUAUUCUAAUUAAGAAUUUGAAAUGGUCUGUGGAGGUUCUAAAUAAGGUACUCGUGUGUUUCUACUGUAAACAUAGUUUAAUGUGUGAAAGAUGGAGUCUGGCUGGUGUGAACAAUCGUCACGAAAAGUUGCUACGUGAUUCGAGAGAUUAAAAAAAAAACAAGAGAGAGAAAGAACAAAAUGACUUCAGGCAAAAGGGUGUCGUUAUAAGAUGGUAUAUGAUUAAUACAAUUUUUUGACAUUUUCCAUGUGGAAUCUGUCGUUGUGAACGCGUCCGGCGCGUUUCCGGGUCGCUACAGCGGCCUAAAAGGAACGUGGAUUUCCGGGCUAGACAAGAUCGAGACGAUUCAAAGAAAAUAUCUUACGUAGGUAGUCUCUAAGUCAGCGUGGUAAUAAGCAAAGAAAAAAAAAUUCACAAUUCCAGAAGCGAAGAAAGAGCGUAACGCGUAGACAUUUUUUUCAUAUUUCUAAUUAAAUAAACUACGACGUGUAUUUAAUACUUUUACAAACAAGUAAUCAACAAGCUGUAGACGCGCGUAGUUAUUAAACGGAAAUGGCCAAUUCCUCUGGGCGAAAGAAAAAUAAGUUAGUAGAUAAUCCAACAACGAACCCGUCGAUUCGGCAUACCAGUGACUUUAUUCUUCUUUCCUCAAAUUAUUUUUUUCCAAUUUUAAUUUCCGAAGCAUAAGUGAGAAGUUGAUUGAAACCAUUUUUCGAAUUAUCCUUGUCGAAAUUAAUUUGUUAAUUUUAAUCGAGCAUCACGACGGUUUCUUUUUUAUUAUUUUAUCUCAAAUUCAUUCAGAAUGAAAUUCCGUUAAUUUCUUUAAUCUUAUUAUUUUUCCCGCUCAUUAAUUUUUUUCUUUUAUUAUAUUAACACGUCUAAACGCUCGGGGCUGGAUUCCCCGCGUAUUUUGGAAUCUGCCUUCGACGCGCACCUCUUGAUUGAGCUAUUAACAUUUAAACUAAUUCGAGGACGAAGGAUUAGUAAGAAAAGUGAUCGACGUGAUUGAAAUCGAGAGUACAAAGGAGAGAUUUCAACAUCACAGUUUGCUAAUUAACAAAUGGAUAUCGGACUGCGUCCAGAGAAUAUAAAAGCAGUAAGACACAGAGUGGUUACAGAGAUAAAUUUUUAAGAGACAUAUGCAAAAUACAAAAGACGUGCUACCAGAAGAGAUUAAACGUGUCCGCUAUAGGUUUUUACAUUGAUUGAUCGUGUGAUCAAUGGAACAACUAUUCUUAAGUUCUUUUCGUGGCUAGAUACUGCUCAAAUGCCUAAUUACAAAGCUACUCACAAAGUCAUUAAGAAUUGUUUCUAGUUUGUAAUAACGAAUAUAAUAAUUAUACGAUGAUCAUUAAUUAUUAUUAUUAUUAUUAUUAUUAUUCUCAUCAUCUUCGGCGAUAUUCCGUAAAUCCUAAUGAUGCAUUAGCGCCUCACGUACACUGUACUACAUUAUCGCACCACAACCAUAUUCGGCUUGUAAGAUAGACUGUAUUCCUUCCAUUUGAAAAUCUGUACACUUGGACCGCGUGGAAUUGCGUAUUUGCAACUGCGCAAUGUACCGAUUAAAGCGUUAUAAAAACCAGAGAGAAAGUGUUAGUCAAAUAGUCAGUCGCUUCUGAGCGCUUAAUUAGAAUAGACUAUUUUUUUUCUGUUUACUUAAAUAAUAACUCUGUGUGUCAAGAUGAGAGAGUGCUCACGGAAUAAAAAAAUAUUUCCUUUAAAAGGUCAUUCUGUAGCAUGACAAGUCUGUGUAUAUAGAAAUGUAGAUUUUCUUUUCAUUCGUUCUCCUUAUAGUUAUUAGAGUACGCUCAACGCCAGUUAUUGAAAUCGAUAAAUCUUUUACAGUGUAUUGCAAAAGUAAAAAUUCCAUCUUGGUCCAUGUGUAUGGUGCUACAUAUUGUAUAUAUUGAGUAACAUUUACUAUACAUUAUAUUGAAUAUCUAUUAUUAUGAUUACCGUAGACUUAAGUGAUUUCCAUAACGACGUCCUUCCUAUAAUAAUUGUUUCUAUGCCUUUGCAAAUUAAAAAUGAUAAAAAUGCAUUAUACAAUGAAAUAUGAAUAUUAAGUCGUUGCGCGCGUCGGACGAGAACGUGAAGGCUGUUCUUCCUUUCGACAUAGAUAGAAUUUUCUUUUAAUUUUUUCUCCUAUUUCUCUAAUAAAAUGAGACUGCGAUAUUACGAGUGGUCUUCGUUACCUUUUUUAUUUUUCGAGUCAGUCGAGCAUGAAGUCACAACUUUGAAGAGCAAUAUAAAAUAAAAUACAAGUACACAGAUAGAUGUGGAAUCCGAAUUACUUGAGUGGCAAGUGCUCCAGUCUCGUAAAAAAACACUGUUUAAUUACAAAUAACAUCUAUGCAUUCACUGUUGCAUAAUCUGUCAAGUUAAGUUUUACUUUUUUCUUUUCUUUAUCGUAAGGGAAAAUCGGUAAUCAUGUCUCAUAGAGUCAGCCGCGUCACAAUGACUAUUAUAGUUACGACAUUCCUGCCAAAAGUAAUAUAAUAGUAAUAUCGAAAUUUAAGAGAGUUUACUACAUAAAAUGCACUCCUCAUAUACUAGUGCGCAUGCGCAAAUAACAAAAGUUUAUAUAUACAUAUAUCUCCUCCGAUCGGUUCCAAGCCAUACUUUAACGACUGUUCUAAAGUCCUAAACAGUUAUUGAAUGUCGUACGUGGUUGUAAAAUGAACGCGAUAACGAGAAUCCGGCCAUUAGAACCUGCAGAUUUUUCUUGUAAACUCGAGAAAUUGAAAAAUCUGCAAGUACGCAUGCUCACUCGCUUCGCCUUUCAUUCGAAAUGAGUAUAAAAUAUAGCACACAUGCAUUGUGUGAUAAGACGCGUGCACAUACCACGGCGCAAUGUCCAGCAGGAAUUUCGGGCAAUGAAAUCCUAAUAAAAAGAUAUAGACAAUUCCCACGGGAUGUUCACGCGCGAAAAGGACAAACAUGGCGUCGAUGCGUGCGCGCGCAACGACGAUCCAUCCGACUCGUCGUGACUAACCGUAAAGUAUUUAAAUCUAUAACGAGAUAUAUUAUAUAUAAAUAUAUAUACAAUAUAUAGUUAUUCUAUAAAUAUAAUUAGUUAUCGCGCGAAAAGUCGCGGAUACGCCGCGCCUGCCACCUGUCGUGAAGAGCGUGACUUAAAGAUAAUUGCAUUACGAACGACUGAAUUUUUAAACAUUUAUUUUCUUAAAUGUUUCACGUCCUUAGGACAACUUUUUCCUACCUUCGCGACCUCUGACCUCUAUUCCCUUCCACUGAACUUUAUAUGUAAUUGUCAGCGUCCUCUCACACUUCUACAUGCACACAACUACUGUUCCACUCGCGCAUAUACAUACGAAAUAUACAAUUACAUAUAAACACUCACACAUGCCCACCCUAAAAUUAUAAUUAGCGCCAAUUGUCAUCCAACUAUAAUGACCAUUCGAUUAUUAAUUGUACGAUUUACGAUUAGUGUCUUUUGUAUCAUAGUUAUUACGCUGUAAGUUGCAAGGUACGUACGUGCAAUUUUUCGACGAUGAAUAAUAACCGAUCAUGUUCAAAUAAAA